CAAACACAACACUUAAACAGGAAGAAAGAAAAAAAAAAAAAAAAGCAAACAUAAUCCAUCUGUCCUCGUAUAUUCUUGGAUUCUCCAAACUCAAAAAAGAAGACAAAAGAAAUAACUUUGAUCGCAAAAGAAAAGAAAAUAAUUAUGGUGAAGCAGACGAGUAGUGAAAUACCCACGGCGGAGGAGAGGGAGAGGAGAGAUAGUUGCCGGUACAAGGGCGUACGCAAGAGGAAGUGGGGGAAAUGGGUAUCCGAAAUCCGGCUACCCAACAGCCGCGAGCGGAUUUGGUUAGGGUCCUACGACACCGCCGAGAAGGCGGCGCGUGCCUUCGACGCCGCACUCUUCUGCCUCCGCGGUCGCACUGCCAAGUUCAACUUCCCGGAGAAUCCGCCCGAGAUCGCCGGCGGCCGUUCGCUGUCCCCGGCGGAGAUCCAGUCCGCCGCCGCCAGGUUCGCCAACUCGGAGGACCCUAUGAAACGAUCGGAUCGGCCCGUGCCCGAACUGCGGAUGGAGUCGGAGACUCCCUCUCCAUCACCGUCGGUCUCCGAAGGGAGCGUGACCGUCCAGUUGGACAGCGAGUUGACAACAGACGGGUCGUUCAUGGACAUGUUCACGAAUAUUGGGUUGGGCAAUUAUGCUUCGGACUACGGGUUGUUUCCGGGUUUCGAUGACUUAUCGGGCGAUUUUUUUAUGCCGCCGCCGCCAACGAUUGACUACGGAGAAGAAAAUUACAACGUUGAUGCGGUUUUUCCACAGGAAUCUUUCCUUUGGAAUUUCUGAAGCACCCCCCCCUUUUCCACAGGAAUCUUUCCUUUGGAAUUUCUGAAGCACCCCUCCCCCCCCCAAAAAAAAAAAAGGGGGGGCUCUAAUACAAAUUUUUACGGGUCAUGGUUCGGGUCAAUUUGAUUUUUCCAAGAGCUUACCGACUCGUUUUCUUACUUAUGGACGGACCAAUUUUAGUACGGGCCAUCCUUGAAUUGAAAACUAAGGUCUUCCGCAAAACAAA